AUGUCAAAUCAAGAAUAUUAUUCAUUUGAUAAUUUUAGAUUAUCACAAUCCAAUAUUGAUUUAAAUGGAUUCGUAAAUCAAUAUGGAUUAAAUACUAGUAUUAGUAAUGUAAAUAAUAGAUAUAAUUUAACAUCUUUUAACGAUUUCUCAAGUCAGUUAGAGGUUGAACAACAACAACAACAACAACACGCACAUCAUACCACAACUGGUCAUAUAUCACCACCACUUUUAACCACAACCAAUACAACUAUUGUGCACAACGGAUAUGAUUUAACUACAUCACCAUUAUUACAACCAAGUUUAUCAUCAGUCCAUAGUAAUCAUAUUCAAUUAAAUCACCAUCAUCAACAACAGCAAACCCAACAUCAAAUCCAGCAAUUAUUAUUACAACAACAACAACUACAACAACAACAACUAUUACAACAACAACAAGUUCAACAGUUACAACAAGAUGAAUUAUUUAAGCUUCAACAACAAAUGCAAUUAAUGGAUCAAACUUUUAUGACUGGAGAUAUUAAAACAGAGUUGUUAGAGUUAUACUCUUCAAUUGAAAUGCUAUCACAAGAGUCUAUUCAACAUUUAUUCUUUCUUUGUAAAGUUAUCCAACCACAGUUGACUGAAGAGAACAGAUUUCAAUUACUCACAAAGAUGUUUUCUGAUAUUCCACAGAUAAUCUCACAAUUAUCACUUUCCAACUAUAAUUCAUACCUUCAAGAUCCAUCAAACCACGCCCUUAAAUUAUUUAUGGAUUUUAAAGAGUUAGCAAACUUAUUCGCAAAGAUCUCCUACAUUCAAUUGCAUCAUUUAACCAACAACAUCAUUCCACCAGGCACUCCACAAACCCAAUUCUCAUUUUUCAUUAAAAUUCAAGAAUACUUCCGUUCCAUCUCUUUUGAACGUCUUCGUACCUUUAACACUUCAUUAGGUGGUGACAGUAAUCUUUCCAAUACCUUUUUACACGUACAAAAACUUUUAUCCCUCGAUCCAAAUAUUCCAAUCGAUAUGAUUCAUUUUGUAGCCGGUAUCGUAUCCUUACCUCUUGGUGAUCUCUUCCAAUUUCAUCAUUGGUUUGGCAGUUUAUCUAGAAAGCUAUUGGCAAUAUUACUAGCCAUCCUACAAUUAGAUUCCGGUACACUUUUAGAUUUAAAAAGAAUUUUAUCAACCAAUGUACCAUAUAUAAACGAUAAUAUAGCAAACUUAACUAAAAAUAUAAAUCAUAUUUCAACCAAUAAUAAAAUACCGCAAGUUAAAGUUGAAUCACCAGGUUUUUCAAUUACUAUACCUCCACUUUUCCCAAAUAUAGAUUCAACUACAAAUAUAAAUAAUGCCUCUAUGGCAAUGAAUAUAGAAACACCAAUUUCACCUGUACAAAAUUUCGAAAUCUCUUCACCAGUCCAACCACCAUCCUCACCAAUUCAAAAUGUACCUAUAUCAAAACCAACCCCACCCCAAUCAUCAUCCAUCGAAUCUAAACCAACAACAUUCGCCUCUUUAUCCUCCAAUGAUUCAAGCCAAAGUGGUGAAUCAUCAGGAUCCUAUUAUUUAAAGAUUGCCCGUCAACCUCCAUCAUCAACUGUUUAUCAAAGAAUUUUAAAACCAUUCCCUCAAGUAAUGAUUUGCGGUCCAGGUGUCGAAAAUGAAAAUCUUUCAAACUUUUAUGUAGAAGCAACACUCUUAAGAAAUGACGACCAAACUGAAUUGGUCAAUUGUAUAGAUGGUACUAAAACCAGUAGAUUUAGCAGUGGUGUUUUCGCUCCAUUUAAAAAAUUAAAAAUCCUUUCAACUACCCAACAACAAAGAACUUUAUUCCGUUUAAGAUUUGCUUUAAAAAGAUACGUAAGAAAUGAAUCACAAUCUUUCCCAGAAGCUAUUGUUUUAUCUGAUCCAAUCGAAGUAUUUUCACACACAAUUUAUUUAACUGAUAAACAAGAUGUACCAUUACCACCAACAGUUCAAGAAAUAAUUCCAGCUAUGGCUAGAGUAGGCACAAGAGUUGUGGUUUUAGGAGCCAAUUUCUCAAAUGGUAAUGAUUUGAAAGUUUAUUUUGGUAAUAUUGCAGUUGCUGCUACCUUUUACGAGAAAGGUACUAUUAUUUGCACAGUUCCUACAAAUGUCAAUAGUACCAACGAUGUUACAAUUAAAGUUACUAACGAUGGUACUCAAUAUUCAAGUGAAUCAAAUGUUAUAUUUAAUUAUAUACCAUAG